AUGAGUACAAUUGAAAUCACAGUCAAGUUCUCUCUUCCUCAAGUCUGGCAGGAUCUUAUCUCUGUCUCCCUUUGUAGAGGACGAGGAGAUGGCGAUAAAGGUAGAUUCUGUUGCUUUCCCACGGAUCCACUGGGGGAUGUUGAGACUUGGAGUGAGUCUGUGGACAAAGUCCUGAGCUGUAAAGCCGGGCAGAUAGCUUUCCGGGAGUUCCUGAAGUCAGAGUACAGCGAGGAGAAUAUACUGUUUUGGCUCGCCUGUGAGGAGUACAAAAAGAUUAAGACAGUCCCAGAGAUGAUCUCCUCCGCCAACCGGAUCUACUCUGAGUUUGUCCAAACAGAAGCACCAAGACAGAUCAACAUAGACUGCGGUACAAGAGAAAACAUUACAAAUAACAUCUCCCAGCCGACCCUGACUUCGUUUGAUACAGCUCAGAAGCACAUUUACAGUCUGUUGGCCAGGGAUUGCUACCCGCGGUUCCUAAAAUCUGACAUCUAUCAGGGACUCCUGAGGAGAAACGAUUCAAGGUGACUGUAUUAAAAAUGACGGCCUCUCAGGCUGAGGCUCAUGAUGUCUUCUGCUCAACUCUGAUCUGCUGUAGCACUCUUUGAUUUCAGCGUGGAUAACAGGUUUAUCCUAUACAAUCCAGAUCCUUAGUCUAGUGGAGGUAGUUUUUUUUUUCUUAGUCUGUGUGAUUUAGUAGCUUAAGUUGAAUUUUCAGCUUGUAUUAUACUUUAUCCCUUAAUUAAGUAAAAAAAAUGUACCUAUAAGUCUUUAUUUUCUCCCCUCCCACAUACAGUUAAUAAUGAAGAUAAUUCCUUUAUUGUAAAGUAUUAUCAACGCUUUAUAUAACUCUUCGUGCAAAUAUAAACCGUCUUAUGCUCUGAGAACUUCCA